GAUUAGAAGAAGAUAAGUAUAUGUGCUUGUAGAGAACACGGCACACCGCCAAUCAGUUUCGAAGAAGAACCCACAAAGACGACCUCUUUCUCUUUCAAGACUUGUUCUUCAAGACCCAAGACCUGCAAAUUUCAGACACUGAAACAUUGCUGAUGGGAGAUCAUUCAAUCUUGAGUGUUGAGGAGCUAAUUAAAGCCGAAAAAUUGCAACAGCUACAAAAGGGUGAUGUCCCUGCCGGUGAGGGUUGCAGCAUUCAUGCUGUCGAUCCUUCGAGUUCAAUUAUUGAUAUAAAGAAUGUGGUAGAUGACCGUUUGGACGAUGAAGAAGAACCGCUUAUUCAGACAGUUGAAUGUCGUAUUUGUCAAGAGGAAGAUAGUGUACAGAAUCUGGAAAUUCCAUGUUCAUGUAGAGGCAGUUUGCAGUAUGCUCAUCGGAAGUGUGUCCAGCAUUGGUGCAACGAGAAAGGAGAUACAAUUUGUGAGAUCUGUCACAAGCCUUACCAACCUGGUUAUACUGCUCCUGCACCUCGUGUGGAAGAUGCCACUAUUGACAUUAAUGCGGGUUGGACGAUCUCUGGUACUCCUUUGGACUUGCACGAUCCUCGACUUCUGGCAAUGGCAGCAGCAGAACGUCAUCUCCUGGAAACUGAAUAUGAUGAAUAUUCUGAUACAAAUGCCAAUGGAGCUGCGUUUUGCCGUUCUGCUGCUCUAAUUUUAAUGGCUCUUCUGCUGUUGAGGCAUGCUCUCAGCCUCGGUGACAAUGAGGAAGACGAUGCAUCUGCCUUUUUCUCUAUUUUCCUGCUAAGGGCUGUUGGAUUUCUUCUUCCCUGUUAUAUUAUGGCAUGGGCUAUCAAUAUACUGCAGCAAAGGCGUCAAAGACAGGAAGCAGCGGAAGCACUUGCAGCAAGUGAAGUUGCGUAUAUGAUACAAGCUGGGCAACGAAGGGGUCUGCAAUUUACUAUAGCUCCUGGACCUGCAAUUCCAACUGGAGCAAUGCCACCGCCUGGACCUGCAGUAACAACUCCUCAUCAGGAACCAGUUUAAUUAAUGAAACUGGUUCCAUUCCAAAUAUAUACCGAUUUCUUACCUGCAUUUACUGCCAAAUUUAAUAUUCCUGCGGCACUUUUCUAUACUAUGUUAAAAUCCGGUUUUCGUUCAAAUUUGAAACUCUUAUGUAAUCCUCAUGUGUUACCUUAUGUACAUAUAUUUUUAAAUGAAGCCCCCCAAUAUGUUGAGAACAUGGGCAUUCAUUGAAAAAAAUUGAUAUUUUUCAUUCUAUAUUAAAACAAUUGAACAGUGAAUUAUUCAAUAGAAUGUUUGAUUAUUGA